AUGCCGUUGGGAAAAUAUUACUGUGAUUACUGCGAAAAGGAAUUUCAAGAUACUGCAAUUGCCCGUAAACGCCAUCUUCAGAGCGCCUCGCACGUCCGCGCCAAAUCCCUUUGGUACGCCUCUCUUAGAUCCGGAGACCCCAGUCAAACUUAUGCUGAUGGUGCCAAGGGGAUCUGCAAUCGAUUCGUCAAAACGGGAUUUUGUCCUUAUGGGGAUUCUUGCAAGUACCUGCAUCCAAACAACAGCAACAACUUGCAAAAUAAUGUUGGUACUUCUCAAGCUGCUGGCCUUAUGGAUAAUGUUCAGUCACCGUUUAUUCCGGGAAGUCAAUUAGUUGGAGGAAGCUCUUUGCCAGGUUUAUCUGUUUUGAAUGCCAUUAGUAUGGCGUAG